AUGAUUCUUACACAGGUUUUCAUGGAUAAUUCAAAUAAUGCAAGUGUUGCACCCAAAAACCUAUUCAAGGAUAUGAAUACCAGAUCCUCAGUGAAGGAGCGGGCACAACGGAUCCUGAAUCAUUUGGGAUAUAAGUGCCCUCACUUUGCUAAAUGUAUGCUGCCGUCAAAUGUCUCACGUGGAUAUUGGCUGCAUAUACCAAAGGAAUUAUGUAAUACUCAUUUGCCAAGUCGCAAAGCACCUAUUAAAUUGGUUGAUGAACAUGGAAAUGAGUAUUUUGUGACCUAUAUACCUAAAAGGCGUGGUCUGAGUGGUGGAUGGAUAACAUUUUCCAAAGAACACCAACUACGGAAAGGGGACAUAGUGAUCUUUGGGUUGAUCGACACAUGCAAGUUACUGGUCCACAUGGUUCGAGUGAAUGAGUUGGACGUUGCAAGUGCAGCUCUCACUCUCAUCAAUAUUCAGGCUUCUGGAAGAUAG